AUGGUAUCAUGGACGUACAAGCUCAUGGUAGCGGUAGCAUCCGCAACUACCAUCGUUGCGCAAUCAACAACUGCAAUACAUGCCGCUGAUCAGGCUAGGGCUGCAGAACCGCAGUUCGAUCUGGCUGGCGGCGAUACGAGUCACAUUGCCGACAUCGAGGGCAUGACGGCCGCAGCAAGAGACAACCCAGGUACAAUGGCCAACCUCAUCAUAGCCAAUACGGACAAUGCCAACACGUUCCCCACUCAAGGAGGGAAAAAUGUCGCUUACAUUAGCUGCGACGCGAGAGACUAUCCUGGCAACUUACAAGCUGCGAAUGUUGUAAACAUCGUUAUGAAAGAUCGAAGGGCAUCUGCUGUUCUGUUGUUCAGUCAGGUAGCAGAAGCAGGUUGUGUUGCGAACACUACUGCAGAUCAGAGCCUCGACGCAUUAUCUAUAUAUACCAUGAUUGGCACACGGAACGCAACAGACUUGCUGAGUAGGCUUCAGCAAGCUGCGAAUUCCACCACCUCAGAGUUCCUGGUCUCAAUACAGAGGGCGGGGCCAAACAACCAGACAGAACCUCCAGGAGGUCCGUCUCCGUCGACUGCAGUGGCGAUGAUUAUCUUGUAUAGCAUCACGGGUGUCAUCACUGCAUUGUUCCUGAUCAUAAUCAUGACUGGCGCUGUCAGAGCGCAUCGGCAUCCAGAAAGGUAUGGUCCCAGAGAUGGCGCCGGCCGACCGAGGCAAAGUAGAGCCCGUGGCAUCGCACGAGCCAUGCUAGACACUCUUCCAAUCGUCAAGUUUGGCGAAGAGCAAGCAUCGAAGCCGAAUGAUGUAGAGCUCGGGACUAGCAGUAAACAGACAGGCACCAACACGGGAGCGACGACAGAGGAAUUGGAGGUCGCAAGCACAGUAGCUACGUCCACGGCAGCAAGCGCUCCCAAGAAGAGCUUAGAGAACACGGGUGGUAUUGCACCAGCAGAGGCUAAGAGUACAGACGACGUAUCAAACCGUGAGGCAACAGGAUUGGAAUGCGCUAUAUGUGCCGAAGAAUUCGAACGUGGCCAGGACGUUAGAGUCCUACCUUGCGACCACAAGUUCCACGCUGGCUGUGUUGAUCAAUGGCUUCUCAAUGUUUCCGGAACGUGUCCGCUUUGUCGCAUAGACCUUCGCCCGCCUGAAGCCACCGAAGAUGAGGCAGUUCGCAGUCCCUCUGAUGCACCGCCCCUCGAAGAGGAUCUCCGCAGACGAAGCGCUUUAACGUACAUAUUCAGCUCUAGUCGUACGAUGACGCGUGAUGAACGCAUUGCUGAGCUUCGACGUCUACGAUCGACGAAUGACGAUGUCACCGACGGCGCAGCAAACGACUCACGAAGAAGACGACUUGCUGAACGAUUAAAUCGAACAUUCGGCAUCCGCACUCGACAAGCUGAACCUGGUCGAUUGCCCGAGGAGAGGAAUCCGACGGCAAGUGGCAGUGAAAACAACACCCCAGCGACUCGGCACGAGUGGGGGCCUUCCAGUACAGGGUGA